GCUCUUCCGAUCUUCUGGCUCAGUAAGAUGGCGACACUGGUAGUGCGGCGGCCGCCGAGCGGAGGUUUUAAUUUUGAAAACUGCAAGAGAAAUGUAGUUUUGGAAGGUGAAGCAAAUACUCUGGGAUGCACCUUGCCCACUGCCCGCAAAACAGGCACUACUAUCUGUGGUGUGGUGUUUAAGGACGGAGUUGUUCUUGGAGCUGACACCAGAGCAACUGAGGGCAUGAUAGUGGCAGACAAAAACUGCUCCAAGAUCCAUUACAUUUCUCCAAACAUUUACUGCUGUGGAGCAGGAACAGCAGCAGAUACUGAGAUGACCACUCAGAUCAUCUCAUCCAACUUGGAGCUCCACUCCCUCUCCACAGGCAGACUGCCACGUGUUGCCACUGCCAAUCGACUGCUGAAGCAAAUGCUCUUCAGGUACCAGGGCUACAUUGGUGCUGCUCUGGUGCUGGGUGGAGUGGACUGUUUGGGUCCUCAUCUUUACAGCAUUUACCCACACGGCUCCACAGACAAGCUGCCUUAUGUCACCAUGGGCUCUGGCUCGCUUGCUGCCAUGGCGGUGUUUGAGGACCGCUACAAGCCUGAUAUGGAGGAGGACGAUGCUAAGCAGCUUGUGCGCGAUGCCAUUGCUGCUGGCAUUUUUAACGAUCUUGGCUCUGGCAGCAACAUUGACCUGUGUGUUAUUACCAAGGUCAAAGUGGACUACAUCCGUCCUCACGACGAGGCCAACAAGAAGGGUGUCAGAUCUGGAGAUUACAAGUACAAAAGAGGAACAACUGCCUGGUUGACCAAAGCUGUGACCCGGCUGGACCUGGAGCUGCUGGAAGAAACCGUGCAGACCAUGGACACCUCCUAAAACUGCCCCUCCCCCAGUGUCCCAAAAACACACGUAGUUUCUCUGUGACUCACAGUAAAAAUGUUGA